UCCGGUCUGCUUGCCUUUCUCCUCUCACACUACAAAGAGCAGCGCUUUGACGCACCACACAGAGUUUGAAUAUAGUAUUGCGCUCUGGUCUCUCGCCGUGUUUUUGCUACUCUUUCUACUUCUAAUCGAUCUUCCAUUCAGUCGGAACCUGAAUAUCUUCACCACUGCAGAGUUUUGAAGAAGAACCUGGCGCAGCUGCUGCGCAGGAGGCGUGCUGUGAAUUAAUAUCCAAAUAUACCUGGAGUUUGCGUUAACGCGCUCAAGGAAAGCACCUGGAUCAGAUCAAGGAGCAGCCGAUUUCCCCGGUAAAGACGCACUAACCCAGGAGGAUUCUGGGCACCGCAUGCCGGGGACAUGUGGAAGUUUGCGCCGCUGUAGCGCAGCCACACAGCCGGUUCAUCUCUAUCGGAAUCAAACUAUUACUUCAGACGCUCUGAGAGGACCCAGAUGUUAAAACUGAACCUAGUUUUUCUUCUCUUAGCAAAACUAACAUAAACAGGAAGGACACGAACAAACAUAAAAGAAACAGAGGGCAUCCCGUUGCUUGCGGAGUUUGGUAACCUGCUUCGGAAACUCCGAAGCUUCUCUUUGUAUUUUACGGGUCUCGUAUCGGCUGAUCAUUGCGCCGCAGACAUGGUGGGAUUAGUGCGCUCUGUUGGCCUUGUCCGUUCCUGGGAGACUGAACCGAGGCUACUGCUGCUGGGGACCGCUCUGCUCCUGGUCCUGUUGAGCAAAGCGGACGGUCAGCCGUGCCCCCCUCCAUGCUCCUGCACUGGGACCACAGUGGACUGUCACGGCCAGGGACUGCGCAGCGUCCCCAGGAACAUCCCCAGGAACACAGAGAGACUGGAUCUGAACGCAAACAAUCUCACAAAAAUCGCCAAAGGGGAUUUUGCAGGACUGAGGCAUCUGAGAGUCCUGCAGUUAAUGGAGAACAAAAUCACAACGAUUGAAAGAGGAGCGUUCCAGGACCUGAAGGAGCUGGAGAGACUCCGACUGAAUCGGAAUAAUUUGGCCGUGUUUCCUGAGCUACUUUUCCUGGGAACAGCCAAGCUUCACAGACUUGACCUGAGUGAAAACCAGAUCCAGGGGAUUCCAAGGAAAGCCUUCAGGGGAGCUGUGGAAAUCAAAAACCUACAGUUGGACUACAACCACAUUAGUUGCAUUGAAGAUGGAGCCUUCAGGGCGUUACGUGACCUGGAAGUGCUCACUCUGAACAAUAACAACAUCAGCCGACUGUCUGUGGCCAGUUUUAACCACAUGCCAAAGCUCAGGACCUUCCGCCUUCACUCCAACAACUUGCAGUGCGACUGCCAUGUAGCCUGGUUGUCCGAGUGGUUACGACAGCGCCCCCGCCUGGGCCUCUACACACAGUGCAUGGCUCCUCCUCACUUGCGAGGGCACAAUGUGGCUGAGGUGCAGAAGAAGGAGUUUGUGUGCACAGGUCAUCAGUCGUCAUCGUCUUCCUCCUGCAGUGUGUUACAGUGCCCAGAGUCCUGCACCUGCAGUAACAACAUUGUGGACUGCAGAGGGAAGGGUCUGACAGAAAUACCCACCAACCUGCCUGAAACCAUUACUGAGAUACGACUGGAGCAGAACGCCAUCAAGGUGAUCCCAGCUGGGGCCUUUUCUCCAUAUAAGAAGCUGCGCAGAAUAGAUUUGAGUAACAACCAGAUCUCAGAACUAGCUUCAGAUGCCUUCCAGGGUCUGCGAUCCCUUAAUUCUUUGGUCCUGUAUGGGAACAAAAUCACAGAGAUUUCCAAGGGACUCUUUGAAGGAUUGUUUUCACUGCAGUUGUUGUUGCUAAAUGCUAACAAGAUAGCAUGUCUGCGUGUGGAUGCAUUUCAGGACCUUCACAACCUCAAUCUGCUCUCUCUAUAUGACAACAAGCUCCAAACAAUUGCAAAGGGGACGUUCUCCUCACUACGAGCAAUACAAACCCUUCAUUUAGCUCAAAACCCAUUUAUCUGUGACUGCCAUCUGAAGUGGCUGGCUGACUACCUGCAGGACAAUCCCAUUGAGACGAGUGGUGCCCGCUGCACCAGCCCUCGGCGGCUCGCCAACAAGCGGAUCGGACAAAUCAAGAGCAAGAAGUUUCGCUGCUCAGGUAACGAGGAUUACCGCAGCAAGCUCGGAGGUGAUUGCUUCGCCGACCUGGCCUGCCCAGAGAAAUGCCGUUGUGAGGGCACGACUGUCGACUGCUCUAACCAGAAACUUACCAAAAUCCCAGAUCACAUUCCUCAGUACACCACUGAGCUGCGUCUGAACAACAAUGAGUUCACGGUGCUUGAGGCGACGGGAAUCUUCAAAAAGUUGCCUCAGUUGAGGAAGAUUAAUCUGAGUAAUAAUCGUAUCAGUGACAUCGAGGAGGGGACUUUUGAAGGAGCUUCAGGGGUCAACGAGUUGAUUUUGACCUCUAACAGACUAGAGAACAUACACCACCGCAUGCUGAAGGGACUCAGCGGUCUCCGUACUCUUAUGCUGAGGAGUAACAAGAUCAGCUGUGUGAGCAACAGCAGCUUCGUGGGGCUCAGUUCUGUACGGCUCCUUUCACUGUACGACAACCAGAUCACCUCCAUGAGCCCCGGAGCCUUCGACACACUGCACUCACUCUCCACACUAAACCUCUUGGCCAAUCCUUUUAACUGUAACUGCCACCUGGCCUGGCUCGGUGAUUGGCUGAGAAGGAAACGCAUCGUCACAGGGAAUCCUCGCUGCCAGAAUCCUUAUUUCCUAAAGGAGAUUCCCAUCCAGGAUGUAGCUGUUCAGGACUUUGCCUGUGAAGAUGGUAACAAUGAGAACAGCUGCUCUCCUGUUCUGAGGUGUCCAGCCGAGUGCUCUUGCCUGGACACUGUGGUGCGCUGCAGCAACAAAGGUCUCACAACUCUGCCCAAAGGUGUCCCAAAAGAAACCACUGAACUGUAUUUGGAUGGAAACCAUUUCACCCAGGUUCCAGUGGAGCUUUCAAAUUACAAACACCUAACACUUAUUGAUUUGAGUAACAACCAGAUCAGCACGUUGUCCAACCACAGCCUCAGUAACAUGUCUGAGCUGCUUACACUAAUCCUGAGCUACAACCGUCUAAGAUGCAUCCCAGUGAGGGCAUUCGAUGGUCUCAUGUCUCUCCGUUUGUUAUCUCUCCAUGGUAACGACAUAUCCUUGAUUCCAGAGGGAGCCUUUAAAGACCUGUCAUCCCUGUCUCAUCUGGCUCUGGGUGCCAAUCCUUUGUACUGUGACUGCCACAUGCAGUGGCUGUCUGACUGGGUGAAGAGUGGCUACAAAGAGCCUGGCAUCGCCCGCUGUGCUGGGCCCGGGGACAUGACUGACAAGCUACUCCUAACAACACCCUCCAAGAAGUUUACCUGCACAGGCCCAGUGGAUUUGAGUAUCCAGGCCAAGUGUGAUCCGUGUUUGUCCAGCCCCUGCAAAAAUGACGGCACAUGCUCCAGUGACCCUGUGCACUACUACCGCUGCACCUGCCCGUAUGGAUUUAAGGGACAAAACUGUGAGGAACCGAUCCAUGCCUGCAUCGGUAACCCCUGCCAAAAUGGAGGAACUUGCCAUCUGAAGGAAGGAGAAGGAAGCAAUUUUUGGUGUGUGUGUCCUGAGGGCUUUGAAGGCGAUACUUGUGAGAUCAACAUUGAUGACUGUGAGGAUAACGACUGUGAGAACAACUCCACCUGCGUGGAUGGAAUCAACAACUACACCUGCAUGUGCUCCCCAGAAUACACAGGAGAAUUGUGUGAGGAGAAACUGGACUUCUGCGCCCCAGAGCUAAACCCGUGUCAACACGACUCAAAGUGCAUUCUCACCCCUCAGGGAUACAAGUGUGAGUGCACUCCAGGCUACGUUGGGGAGCAUUGUGAGUUGGACUAUGAUGACUGUGAAGAGAACAAGUGUCAAAACGGAGGUCACUGCAUUGAUGCUGUGAACGGAUACACCUGCAUCUGUCCAGAGGGAUACAGUGGGCUUUUCUGCCAGUUUACUCCCCCAAUGGUCCUCCCUCGAACCAGUCCCUGUGACAACCACGACUGCCUUAAUGGAGCUCAGUGCGUUGUUGUGGGAACAGACCCCCGCUGUCAGUGUCUUCAUGGCUACGAGGGCGAACAUUGUGAAACGCUUGUGAGUGUAAACUUUGUCAACCGGGAGUCCUACCUGCAACUUCCCUCCAACCUCCUCUCACCACAGACCAACAUCAGCCUACAGAUUGCUACUGACGAGGACAGUGGCGUCUUAUUGUACAAAGGUGAUGAUGAUCACAUUGCAAUGGAGCUGUACAGGGGACGUCUCAGGGUCAGCUACGACACCGGAUCCUACCCACCUUCUGCGAUAUACAGUGUGGAGACAGUAAACGAUGGCAGUUUCCACUCUGUGGAGUUAGUAGCAGCUGACCAGACUCUGUCUCUGUCCAUUGAUGGCGGACCACCCAAAUCCAUCAGCUCCAUCAACAAACAGUCCACCCUCAGCAUUGAUUCCCCACUUUACCUGGGAGGAAUGCCAGAAAAGGCUUCAGGCUCUGGUGGCUUUUCUGCCCUUCAACUCAGCUCAGGAGGUCGCAACGGUACGAGCUUUCAUGGAUGCCUUCGUAAUCUUUACAUCAACGGAAAGCUCCAGAACUUGGGAGCAGGGCAGGACCAAGACACUCCAGGUCCAGGGAAUUUACAGAACAACAGACAAUGGCUUGGAAAUGGGGUGGAGCCGGGCUGCCAGCCAUGCCAGAGAGGUACUUGCAUCCAGGGUGACUGCCACCCAACAGGUCACCAAGGUUUCACCUGUACCUGCCAUCCAGGAUGGACUGGGGCUCUGUGUGACCAGCAAGUUACCAAUCCUUGUGAUGGCAAUAAGUGUAUUCAUGGUACCUGCCUUCCAAUAAACUCUUACUCCUACUCCUGUCGGUGCCAGCCUGGUUUCUCUGGUGUUCUAUGUGAUGCUCAGGACCUGGAUACGGCCAAUCCUUGCAGCGCGUCCCAUUGCAAACAUGGCAGAUGUCGAGUGUCAGGCUUGGGAAAAGCAUACUGCGAGUGCAACAGUGGAUACACAGGAGAGGCAUGUGACCGAGCAUCUCCUGAGCUUUCUCCUAAUCCCACACGGGGGACUACUCAGAGGUGGCCUGCCGAGGGGAACGGGUCAGAGAUGUCUACCAGAGACAGCAAGGCUAUGCGGCGUGCCAAACCCAGGAGAAGAUCUCCCGUUUAGAGUGUCGAGGCAGCUGCCCAGGGGGAACAGAAGGACAGGGAACCUGCUGCACCCCCCUCCGCAGCAAACGCAGGAAAUACACCUUCCAGUGCACUGAUGGGUCUUCUUUUGUCCAGGAAGUGGAAAAGGUUGUGAAGUGCGGCUGUACAAAGUGUUCUUCGUAAAACAAAAGUUUGUUUUUUUCUCAGAACAGUUCCUGCCACCCCUACCAGAUUGAUCAUCUUUUUGUUUUCUGUGGAGAAACUCUCCACACCCCAGGAGUACUUCUCCUAAGCACCACAAUUUUUGUAAGCCCUCACAAAAGAAAAAGGAAAAAAAAUAUCUAAAGAAAUCACAGGAGAAACAACUCCAAAAAUGGCUACUUUUCUCAUCAUUGCUGGACUGAUGAGCGAUGCUUCCUCGUUGGGGAUUUUGAAUUGUAUUAUAAAGUACAAAAGCAGACUUAUUUUUAUUAUGAAGUGGGGAAAAAAGACAAAAAAAGAAAGACAUUUUUCUUCAUCUACUUCUGUUUUAUUGGUUGUGAUUACUCCAGCGGUGUGCCACACUGUGCAACACUUUCUGCUCCCCGGAGAACUGGCGGCUCACCAACAGUUCACCACUUUCCAGUAGACGUCCAGCGCCCUGUCUCUGAGUUGUGUGUCUUUAGGAGUAACUGUAAUUGGUAGUACUACAGACUCACCACCAGGAGGAGCUGCCUUAAAGCAUGGCCCAGUAUGGGCAUCUAUUACCCCCUUCAACAUAAAACACAACACAGAAACCAGCACAGGCUCCUUCGGCAGGCCUCCUGAGUCCUUUGUGACUGUGCGCAUGAUGGUACACAUAGCUGCGCUGAAUCUUAAGGUUCUCUUUACAGCUAUUGAGCAACGGACAUGCGCCUACACCUGCAGACAAAAACAGGUUAACUACACAACACUCUUGUUUGUGUACCCCAUCCCCUCACCUGAGUCAUGAAUGACAAGUAUUUAUUGUAUCAUAAAUACCUGUACUUAUUCACUAGAUUCCCCAUGUAUCAGCCUGAGUCUUUUAAUAUAUAUUAAUUUAUAUUUGUCCUUAUUUUUGUAUUAAAAAGACAUACUCUGUCAAGAUAGCUGAACUAACAAAAUGGUGUCCUUUAUUUUUGGUGUAAGAAAAGUUUUGUUUUGUUCUUGAUCACUGAAACUUUUGUGCUUGCCAGAGACCUUAGUUACAUUUUAAUCUGCAAAUGUGACGUGAAGACAUUGUAUAUUUUUCCUGAGAGUUUGUACUGUGCCAUUACCAGAAAGUUCUUUAUAUUAGAGUAUAAAUGUAUAGUUUUCCCUACCUAUGUACUCCACACACAGACUUUGUGAGUAGCAUUGACCCUAGCAGAUGCAUAGAGAAACUCUUUUUACCUUUUUAACAAAUUUAAAGAAUACUGUGACUUUUUUCUAAAUGAAACUACUUUGUUAGCCCCUUUGGUCUCAAAUGUUAACAUGUUGCUGCUAAGUUUUUUGUACCGUAGACUUGGAUCCUGAUCUGUAUGUUAUAUAGAGCUUCCUGCCCCUUCCUGUUUGGGGCUGCCUUGUGUAACAGAUGAAUAUGACCCCCUCCCUCCUCCAUCACCACCUUUACACAUGUGCAUUGUGCUUUAUAUUCUCCUACUAUUUCUCCAUCCCAAGACUAAUGUCAGUUUUCUGACUGAUGUUUGCUUAUUAAACACAAUAUUUACCUCAGUAUUCUCAUUUUUUUCCUUUUUAUGUUGCUUUAAGAAGUUUGUGUGAGACGAUCCCUACGACCCACUGAAGACAAUUUUUGCAAAUUAGAACCCUGAUAGGAUUUGUUAUACAGAUGUUAUUUUAUUCUCAAUGUACUUCUUCUCGUCUCCUGUUGAAUAUUUCAUUUUGCAACAUUAAAACAUUGUCCCUGUUUGCCUGUCCUUAAU